AUGUUGGGCCUGCUCCCCGAUAGAGCCACUCUGGACACCUGGGCGACUGUCCAGGAUGCAGCGACCUGGGGUGGCUUGGAGUCGGGGUUGGUUCGCUGCGUGACUCGGCAGCUAGGUGACCAGAACCUGACCUCCUUGCAGGUUCUUGCAGUGAUACCAACAGAAGUGUUUGAGCAGGCCCUUUCGAAUGCUAGGCGCACCUGUGAAGGUGCCGCCCUCGAGCCGGUGACUCCAGAGGCUGUUGUUUCGAGCGUGUCGGACAGGCUUGACCAGUUGAGGAGAUCGCUGAAGAGGAGGGCUUCGCUCGGAGAAUUUGACGCACGCAAGGCUUCAAAGAUCUCAGAAUCUCCUAAGGAGAUGCCAGUUGAGGGUACAGAGGAAGCCAAGGACGAGAGUUUCAUGGAGCUGUUUGCUGGUGAGGCUGGUUUGACACAGGCGGUGAGACGUCAAGGACUGCAUGUGCUCGAACCAGGUGAAAUACAGACAAGCAGCAGAGUUGUCACCAGUAUGAAUUUGUUGUGCAACAAGACCUUUGCAGAGCUCAAAGCGUUGACAAAGAAAAGAAGGGUGCGCUGGCUACAUAUGGCCCCACCUUGCAGAACCUUCUCACGCGCUCGUCGAAGAGACAAGUUUGCCAAGGUUAAAGUGUUGAGGUCGACAAGACACCCCGAAGGUCUAGAGCCGAAGUCAAGCAGAGUCAAAGAGGCCAAUUUGUUAGCUUCACGUGCAGCGCAACUCAGUCUUCUGCAAUGGAAGGCUGGGGGCUGGUUUUCGCUAGAGAACCCAGAGGGCUCACUUAUUUGGCUGUAUGAGCCACAGCUGAGUACCCCCAAGGGUUGUGCAUUGAACUGGCCAAAGCCUGCAGCGCUGCGAGAUGCCGGACCCAGAACAGACAGUUGGAGGUUGACGCUCAAAGAAGGCAGUAAGUUAGACACACUGUUUUCAGUAAAGGCUGAGAUCGAAAAGGAGAACGAACAGUGCAUAGGAGGUCUUCGAAAUCCUUGGCGAUCCAUGAAGAAAGUGCCAGGUUGGUCGGAAGAGCGUGAGUUUGACCAAUGGCAUGAGCUUGAGUGGGUGCGAGCCCGGCUGGCUAGCAUCUUCAAUUGUCGUACCCAUGAGCGUGGGCUCUGGGGACCUCUUUUGGAGAAGCUAGUCCAGCUGAGCAACGAUCCGGAUUCCGAAGCGGCCUCAUUGCCUUCCCAUGGUACACCGCUGGGCAUACUCAACCGCAUACCUCCUGGCAAGGUCUUUCCACAGUUGAGAGAAGACACUCGUUGGGAAGAACAAACCAAGUGGGAUUCAUUAGACUGGCUAGAGGGUGCUUCUGAGAACUACAAGUCGUAUGAAGAGGCAAAGCAGGAGGCCGACACCUUGUUUCAGAAGGAGCUCAACAAGGACUUUGUUGACUGGAGCCCAAGUCGUACUGAGUUGGAGCAGGUACAUGGUCCGCUUGUGCCCUCAGCUAUUGGCUAUAUUUCAAAGGUAAAGUUGGAUGGCACCGUAAAAGGGAGGCUUGUCCACGACCUCAGAAGAAGUGGGGUCAACGAACACAUAGAGUUUGAAGAGCGGUUGGUGCUUCCCAGGUUGAAAGAUGCACUUGAAGAUGUGUUGCGAUUGUUGGAGGUAAAGGAUCCAGGGGAACAGGUCAGCUUUAUGAGCUUGGAUUUCUCAGAUGCCUUCAAGCACCUACACGUCAGACCCAAUGAACGCAGGUUCUUGGCAGGCAGUGCAUUGGGCGGUUGGUUCGUUUACAAGACAGUUCUGUUUGGCAUUAGAACAGGUCCACUUGUUUGGGGUCGAACAGCAGCCCUUGUAGCAAGGGCCACACAGUCAUUGUUCCACGUUGAUCGUUGUCGGUUGCAAGUGUUCGUUGAUGAUCCACUUGUUGUGGCCAGAGGUACAACUUUUCAGCUUGCCGAUAUUUUCAAUACAAUCCUUAUGUGGUGGAUGUCACUAGGGUUGAAAACUGCUUGGAAGAAAGGUUCAACCAGUCCUACAGCAGAGUGGAUAGGUGCAAAGCUGACGAUAGACAACACAAAGCUGACAGUGACAGUUUCAGUAACGGCAGCCAAGUUGAAUGAGUGGAGGUUGCUGUGUGAUACCUUGGAAACUAGGCCGUUGGUUUCCAGAAAGCCCCUACAACGAUUCACGGGCAAGAUGUCAUGGGCUGCAGGGUUCAUACCCCAGCUCAAACCCUUCGUGAGGAUGCUUCACGCAGCCUUGGCCUCAAACCCAAAUCGGUUAGGGGGACGAUCUUCGGUGUAUUACAAACAAGUUGAACCAGCACUCAAAUGGGUCAGAAAGCUCCAAGACGGACGCCCUGUUGAAACCUUUGCGCUGGCCUGGACCAGCGUAGACGAAGAGCAGAUAGGAGCGACGAUGGGUGACCCAGGGUGGGCAGCUGGAAACUCAUCUGACGAAGAGAUGAAAGUAAACGGAGCAGCUGUAGAUCUGGAGGCUGAGGAUGAGUCAUGGAGCUUGGUGAACCAAGGUAUCAAGACUGAAGAAGCUGUGGGGGAGUCUCCCCUGAAGGUGCCCAAAGUCUACCACCAGGAAUCUCUGGGUCCUUAUUUAAGGAAGGGACUUGCCGCAACUGCUGUAAAGCUGGAGGAGCAGGAGGUGGACAAGAGCUGGCUGGUUCCCAACUUUGAACAAAAGGGCGCUGAAGGACUUGCGACGGUGGCGCCAAGGACUCCUGGCUUUAGAAAAACAGAGCCGGUGGUCAAGCCUUACGCCACAGGUUCUGCAAAAAGAGCACAGGAGACGGCAGAAAACCCAGAGUUGUUUCACAAGGCAAUGGAAGAAUUCCAGGCGGACAAGUUUGCUUCCUCCAACGUGGCCUCCACGCAAGCACGGAUCAAAUGGUGGGAGCAAAAGUCCCGCAGUUUGGGCCUCCCAGACUAUCCGUUGACAGUUGAGGCUAUAGAUGCCGCUGGGGCCUUGCUCAAGGCGGGGCAGUAUCGUUCGGCAGCCCAAUACCUGGCAGCUAUGAAAAGGGAGCAUUUGCGGCGAGGUGAACAAUGGAGUGAUGCCCUCACCAUGGCUGUCAAAGAUGCAGUUCGUUCUUGUGUCUGGGGCAUUGGAGCCGACAAACAAUGUGCAGCCAUCGAUGUGAGGAAGUUGGAACAGCUCUACGACAUAGAGCCGGUUGAGGGAGGGCCAGCCAGGCUGUGCCCAGUGGCGGCGGCUCGUCGUCUGCUGUCAGUGGCGCACGAGUCUGGGCACCAAGUAGAGGACCCCUUCUUGGUAGUGGGCGCUUCAAAGCAGACGCCCACGAAGGCUGCCAUGAUAGCUACCUUCAGACGGGCAGUUCUGGCACUGGGUUAUGGAGAAGACCAUGCGCAAGCCGUGACUGGCCAUUUACUUCGGUCAAGCGGGGGCCAGUUCAUGGCGCGGUUGGGCAUCGAAUACUACAAAAUUCAAUUGUUCUGCAGGUGGGGCAGUGACACGAUUUUGAGAUACCUUCGAGACAUCCCGUUGGAAGAGUCUGCUCAGUGGUUGUCAAACAGCCUCACAAUGGAAGAAGUUUUUGAUAGAUCAGCCAGAGCACUGCAAUUGAAAGAAGACGAUGAGAAGUCUCGCCAAAGGAUGGAGAAGGCAAUUCUAGAAGCUCUUGGAGCUCGCUGCGAGGAAGUAUUGCAAAGAACCGAACAAGCCAAAGAAGAAGUAGAGUCAGCUAGAGAUGAAGUUGAGAAAGUGCUAAUGGAGUUGAAUCAGAAAUCCGUGCAGAUGAACGAGAAGUGGGCUGAAGAGCUCAGUAGAAAAUUUCUCCCCAAAUUUGUGCAGAAUAAGUCUACACGAAUACUGCAUGUGGUUAGGGACGCGUUUUCCACCGGGUGCGGCCACGAUCACCGCAGUGCUAGGGACCACAGUUUUGUACAUGAUAUCCCUGACCCCAGUACCAUUGACUUUCGCAAGUGCGAGGCAGCAGGAUGUCUCAAACUGUUUGAGCACUUUGCACAGCGACCGUAG